CAGUGGUAAGGGACUUGAAAUAUUGUUUGCAAUGGAGAUGCAGUUUCAGCCAAUCCCGUCAGAGCGCCAGGACGCUUUCAGUGAGGCAGAAAGCUUUGAGUUGGGGAAACUGCCAGGACAUUCAUCAUCACAGGAUUCUGGUAUGCACACCAGUAUCAGUGAAAUUUUGAAGGAGAAAACGCUAAAGUCGUCUCGCCGCAGUUUGCCGUGUCUGGCUCAGAGUCAAACACAUCCUCAGAACCUCAAUCACUUCCUGUCUGUGCCUCUGAGUCCGGAGCCCAAAACAUACACUCACAGCGUCAGUGCCUCUUGCACACACAUCACACCUCCUCCCACAGAAACUAGUCAGGAUGUCUAUAUGGAAGAGAGGGAGGUGGGGGAGUCUGAGCCUAAAACAGAUGAAACGUUCCUCGUCCAGCAGAAGCCAGUGUCCAGAGCCAAGCUAGAGGCCCGCACGGACUCCGUACAGGGGAACAAUCUAAAAACCCCCUCAGGAUUGAUGUUUAGAGAUGGGAAGAAGCGCAUUGACUAUAUAUUAGUCUAUAAGAAAUCCAGCCCUCAGGUGGAGAAGAGGUGCACGUUUGAGAGGAACCUGCGGGCGGAAGGGCUAAUGCUGGAAAAGGAGCCCUCAUUAACAAACAGUGAUAUCAUGUUUGUGAAAAUUCAUGCGCCGUGGGACACGCUGUGUAAAUAUGCUGAGCAGAUGAACAUUAGAAUGCCCUUCAGGAAAAAGUGUUACUUCACAGACUGGAAGAAAAAAACUAUGGGCAGUCGAUUUCAGCUGAGAUUUCGUCAGCUUAAGAGUUGGCUGCCCAGAAACCCCAUGAAACUGGAUAAAGAGGCGUUACCAGACCUGGAGGAAACCGACUGCUACACCGCCCCCUUCAGCAGGGCCAGAAUGCACCAUUUUACCAUCAACAACAGAGAGACGUUUUUCUCGAACUCAACCAGAAGCAGGAUAGUACAUCAUGUACUACAGCGCACAAAGUAUGAAGACGGGAAGUCUAAGAUGGGUAUUAAUCGGUUACUUGGCAACAGCACAUAUGAGGCAGCGUUUCCUCCACAUGAGGGAAGUUAUAAAAGCAGACAUCCGAUUAAAACCCAUGGGGCUCAAAACCACAGACACCUUCUGUACGAAAGAUGGGCGCGCUGGGGGAUCUGGUACAAAUACCAGCCUCUUGACCUAAUACGGCGGUACUUUGGGGAGAAGAUUGGACUGUAUUUUGCCUGGUUGGGCUGGUAUACAGGUAUGCUGAUCCCUGCUGCUCUAGUCGGCCUCUUUGUCUUCCUCUAUGGGCUUUUCACCAUGGACUCCAGCCAAGUAAGUAAAGAGAUCUGUGAGGCCAACACCACCAUCAUGUGCCCCAUGUGUGAAGGCAACUGCAGCUCUUGGACGCUAAGUGACAGCUGUGUCUAUGCAAAGGUGACCCAUCUUUUUGAUAAUGGAGGCACAGUCUUCUUUGCUAUCUUCAUGGCAAUAUGGGCCACAGUAUUCCUUGAGUUCUGGAAGAGGAGAAGGGCGGAGCUAACCUACGACUGGGAUUUGAUUGACUGGGAGGAAGAGGAGUGUAAAUCCUGUGUCAUGGUGUGUUCUGAGGAACUACGGCCCCAGUUUGAAGCCAAAUACUCCAGGAAGGAGAGAGUAAACCCCAUCUCAGGGAAACCAGAGCCCUUCCAGCCCUUCACAGACAAACUCAGCCGACUCAUGGUGUCUGUUUCGGGAAUCUUCUUCAUGAUCUCUCUGGUCCUGACAGCCGUGUUUGCCGUGGUGGUGUUCCGGCUCAUUGCCAUGGAGAAGUUUGCUUCCUUCCAGUGGGAGUUUGUAAAGAAGAACUGGCAAUUCGCCACCUCAGGCACUGGAGUCUGCAUCAACUUUAUGAUCAUCAUGUCUCUGAAUGUGGUCUAUGAGAAAGUGGCCUACCUGCUUACAAACCUGGAACACCCACGAACAGAGUCAGAAUGGGAAAACAGUUUUGCCCUCAAGAUGUUUCUCUUCCAGUUUGUCAAUCUCAACAGCUCGACCUUCUACAUAGCUUUCUUUUUAGGAAGGUUUGCUGGCAGGCCGGGUGACUAUAAUAAGCUGUUUAACCGAUGGAGAAUGGAGGAGUGUCAUCCAAGUGGUUGUCUGAUCGACUUGUGCCUGCAAAUGGGAGUGAUUAUGGUGUUAAAACAGAUCUGGAAUAACUUCAUGGAGCUGGGUUAUCCACUGCUGCAGAACUGGUGGUCUCGUCGUAAGAUGAAACGAGCAGGAGAGCAGAGUAACAGUAAAGAAGAGCUGCCGCAGUGGGAUAGAGACUGGAACCUGCAGCCCAUGAAUGCACAUGGCCUGGUGGACGAAUACCUGGAGAUGGUUCUACAGUUUGGUUUCACUACAAUCUUUGUGGCGGCAUUUCCUCUGGCUCCUCUGCUUGCUCUGCUCAACAACAUCAUCGAAAUCCGAUUAGACGCCUACAAGUUUGUCACGCAGUGGAGGAGACCAAUGCCCGCCCGCGCUACUGACAUCGGUAUCUGGCAUGGUAUCCUGGAGGGAAUUGGAGUUGUUGCUGUCAUAACAAAUGCCUUCGUUAUUGCUAUCACUUCAGAUUACAUCCCUCGCUUCGUCUAUGCUUUCAAAUAUGGGCCCUGUGUGGACAAGGGUUACCGUCACGAGAAAUGUCUAAGAGGGUACUUGAACAACAGCUUGUCUGUUUUUGAUAUGGGCGAAUAUAAAAAUGGAAGUUAUCAUCCUUGGUACUGCAGGUAUCGGGAUUACCGAGCGCCUCCAUGGAGUCCUGAACCCUAUGAGUUCACCCUGCAGUUCUGGCAUGUUUUGGCUGCCAGAUUAGCCUUCAUCAUAGUCUUUGAGCACCUGGUGUUUGGCAUUAAAACCUUCAUAGCCCACAUGAUUCCAGACAUGCCCAAAGACCUGUGUGAUCGCAUGCGCAGGGAGAAAUACCUGAUGCAGGAGAUGAUGUAUGAGGCGGAACUGGAGCACUUGCAGAAAGAGCGUAAAAAGAAUGGCAAACGUUAUCACCAUGAGUGGCCUUAGCCAUGCUUGUCCAUAAAUACACACAUAAAUGCCCACUGGAGAGCCACAUACACUUCCCACAAAAGCACAUAAAGACUUGAGAGUGACGAACAACACAUGCACAACUGCAACACAUAUGUGAACACAGACAUUCAUGUACAACCGUUCUGCUACCUUGGACAGCUAGCUUUAUUGACUCCAUGCAUGGGCUGCCCACUUUUCAUUGCUGUGACAAACCAGGGAGCGGAUUCAGUGCUUGAGGUUAAAACCUGAUCUCCAGGUGGCCCUUUAGAGCCAGGAGUUGGCAGCUGUACUCUGCACCAAAGAGGUUCUUCUCAGUCGCAUGAUCCCUACCUGAGACCUCCGAUUAUCCUAUAUUUUCACCCUGCUGAGUGCUUUUAUACACUAGAGCAGUAGUUCUCAAACUGUAGUGAUUGGCUUCUUAACUGUUGGCUCAUUUAAGUGCAUUAGCUAAAAGUAGCUAUGAAAGCAGUCUGGCGAAGUUAUGGAUUGGGAAAAAGAUGUUUGAGAACCACUGUACUAGAGAAAGCUCUGAUUGGGCGUUUUGUCGAUAGAAAAGUGUCUUGAGGGCAUGGCACAAAUGGGAUCAGUUUGAAAUCAAGCGGAAAUGAAAUAAAUUGGAUUUUCCGAAAGCACAACAUGGACCCACCUGCCUUCUUAAUAGUCAACUAACAUCUGCGCCAGAGUACGCUGCGGUACAUGAAGGAGUUUCACUUCCGCAAACCAUCGCUUUGUCCACUUGAAGCGUCAUCAACAUUGAUAUCAAUGGAUUACAGUGUUUUCUGUCACACAGAAAAUUUCAUUGAGAACAUUCAUUGAACACGUCCUUCCCAGCAUGGCCUGCAGUGGCGCUGCUCUUUCAUCUGUGUUCUGUUGUAGUUCUGAAUGGAGCACUUGUGUGGUUGGAUUGUUUACUAUGCAGACGAAGGGCUUUUGGAGUUCCUGUUUUCUGCUUGCCUACUUGUCUGCGUCUCUGUGCGUGGCAGCUAUCAUCCCGCUGUGAAGCAGUUCUCUACCUGGUGACCAGGCAACGUGACGACGUUUACUUACGAACAUAUUUACCGAUACGCCCUCUCUUUUCGCUUGCCAGCAUCUCACAUUGUGAUUCUUGUUACAAAAGUGGUUUCUGGUAAAAGUUACCAAAUAAAAAUCAGUUUGUUUAUGCAAAAUGAACAGUUUUUAUGUACUACAUCGCCUUGAGAAGAUAUGCAGAUCUGUCUUUCAGUACAAUAAGUCAAUUUGUCAAGGCAAAAUAAAUAAAACUAAUAGCCAAUAUUGGCAAAAUAGUGAUAUAAGUAACAUGCA